AGCUUGCAUAUGCAUGUGCGCGUGCACCCAGCUCUGCAUUCAAUUCAUCCAGACGCCGCUUCCUGGGGGUCCCUACUUUCUUGGCUCCCAGCAAAGAGGCAAAAUGAGUGCGGCCGAGUGGAUGAGGCCCAGGCCCUGGCGCGGAGUCGCGCCCCCCGCAGACCCGACUUCCAGCCGUGCGACGGGCUCUCCAUCUGUGCCACUCACAGCCAUGGCAAGUGCUUCAAGCUGCACUGGUGCUGUCACCUAGGAUGGUGUCACUGCCGUGUGCGGAGAAGCGGUGGAGCGUCGGCUGAGUGGACGGCCAGCGGAGGGGAAGCCGCCUUUCCGGGUCGGCGGUGCGAGAAGCGCCUCACUUUCUUCCUCACUUGGCUUUCCGACUGAGACUCCGAUUUAAGAGUCUUGGAAAUCGAACUUGUCCCAUUGAUUGUGUUCCAACUGAGAAAGCGUGAAGUGUGAGGCACUGCUUCCAGGAAGUUAAAGGAACCGUUUUGGAGGGCACACUCCUUCAUACCCAGUUACAGCAUUUAGAGCCAAGUGUAUGAGUGUGUUUAAGAAUUAGAAAAUAAACUGAAUUGUAGGUACUAUUAAAGGACCUUAAUGUAAUGUAUGAAAGCCAGAACUACAUGGUCUCAGAUCUUUCUCUGUAUCCUGCCUUUAAUUUUUAAAUAAGUAGCCAUUUAAUCGGAAUUACACAUUUGAUAAGUUCGUGAUAUUUGGCCUGUUCUAUCUGAUGAAUUAUUUCUUUUUAGAAAUACAUUUUGAAGUUAGUUUCCACAUAAUCUUAGAAUAGAGGGUUUCAGCAUGCUUAUUUAGGACACAAAACUUUCAAGUGAACUUAAACAUUUUUUUUGUUGUUGGUUAGAAGAAAAUAGCU